AUGCCGACAUUUGAUGUUGCACGAUCACAACUUCGCACUGAAGAAAUCCGACACGCUCAACACUCUCUUACACCUGCACCAACUUCCCUUGCUGCUGCUGCAUCCCAUAUGGAUCGCAACACACCUCGUCCUCAUCAUCCGGGAAAACGUGGAAAGUCUCAGUUCAACGACCGACGCCCUGGAUCUGGUUCGACUACACCUUCAGCUGGAAACCCUUCAUUACUUCCUACACCGUCAGGUUACCGUCCGUCUCUGCCUGCUUCUUCACCGGCAUACCCUCCCCACUGGACACCAUACUGGGAUGUUCCACCUUUCCCGCAGCCCACUGCCAACUCCCGCAACAGUCAACAACGUGGUCGUUCUCCUACUACUGGACGUGGUCAAGCCUAUAUCACUCCUACCACCGAGUUACUGCAUCCUACAAACAUAGCUGAAGCAUACAUCUCUAUGCAUCUACAACUUCAUGAUGACAACUUCUAUAUGGAUACCGGUGCUACCUCGCAUUUUACUGCUGAUUCAGGAUUUGAGUUCGAAGAAGGCUAUCCUUCGAUGUGA